AUGAAUGAAUAGUAUAAUGAAGUUGUUGAGAAAAACGGAUUUUUAACAAUGAGUGAUAAUAAAAAUAAUACUGAUAACAAUAAUUAAAAUAAUAAUAAUGAUAAUAAUGAUGAAUUUAUUGCUAUUCCUUGCAGAACUUAUGAUAUUUCUAUUACUUAUGAUGAAUAUUAUCACACCCCUAGAAUGUGGCUUUCUGGCACAAAUGAAGAUGGAAAACCUUUAAAUACAUAAUAGAUUUUAGAAGAUAUUAUGUCUGAAUAUUAAGGAGAAACAGUAACUCCAGAAGAACAUCCACACUUAGGACUUAAAUAAGUAACUAUUCAUCCUUGUAAGCAUUCUUAAGUUUUAAAGGCUUUUAUUGAAAAAGCUAAAGAGAAUAAAGUCAAUUUAAAACCUAAUUAAUGCUUGCUUAUAUUUCUUAAGUUUAUGAGUUCUGUUAUGCCAACUAUAGAAUAUGAUGCUACUACUGAUCUUUUAUUUGAUUAAAUUUGA